AAAACAUUGGUUUGCAUGUAUUUUGUUUUGUACAAUGAAUUUCAGCCACUGUUUCUCUCUAUAGAAGCAUCCGCUUCCACUCCAGUUCAAGUGACAACACAAUCCACUCCCGGGCGAGUGACGGCGAGUGAUUCCUGCCCGUCUGACUGGCAUUACUUCAGCGGCAGCUGUUACUUUAUUUCUGAUGACACCAAUAGCUGGUCAUACAGUCAGGCUUUCUGUAAGCAGAGAGGAGGACACCUGGCCAUCAUCCACACGCCUGAAGAACAGACUUUUAUUUGGGACCUGCUGCCACGUGGUCACUGGAAUGCUUACUGGAUUGGCAUAAGUGAUGAAAAGGUAGAAGAUGACUGGUACUGGGUGGAUGGAACCAAACUGGUUGGAGGGUGA